GCGCAAAAUUUGAAAGUUUACCGGAAACUGUCGAGGAAAACAGUGUGCUCUUAGCAUGUCACUGUGUAACGUUAUAUUAAAAGCUACAUUAUAAUUUAUUUAAUGGCAGUUCGGUUGUCUUUUGUUACGAAGCCAUGUUGAAGUUUAAAUUCGUAAAUCAGGGCAACAUGAAGACGCUGCCGUCCUCCGCGGACCCUCUGACCAUCCGCAGCUCGCGACUCAACCAAGUGUUUCAGGGUCGCGUCUGCCUGAACGGGCAGCGGGGAGAGUGCAGCUUAGGCCGGGAGGAGUUCCUGGAGGCUCUCCUGCUGCUCUACGAAGAGUGCAUCUCCCCAGAGCUGAUGAAGAUACACCAUGUGGCACAUUUUGUCCAUAAGUUUUCAGAAGUGGUCUCAGAACUGCGGUCUAUGCAGCCGGGGGCUGAUGACUUUGAACUGCGAGCGGUGGUGGGUCGUGGCCGCUAUGGCGAAGUCCAAGUAGUCCGCGAGAAGGCCACUGGGGAUGUGUGUGCACUAAAGGUCAUGGAUAAGGACGUUUUACGCUCUCAAGGAAAUGUGGUUUUUCAUGAGGAGGAGCGCAAGAUCUUGGGUCUGAACAGCAGUCCUUGGAUCCCUCAACUGCUCUACGCCUUCCAGGAUAAAGAACAUGUCUAUCUGGCGAUGGAGUACUUGCCAGGCGGUGACCUGAUGUCCCUGCUAAACCGAUACGAGGAUCAGUUUGAUGAGUCCAUGUCUCAGUUCUACUUGGCUGAGCUGGUGGAGGCCAUUCAUGCUGUCCACCAGCUGGGAUAUGUUCACAGAGACGUCAAGCCUGAGAACGUUCUCAUUGAUCGGACCGGUCACAUUAAGCUGGCAGACUUUGGAUCAGCUGCCACGCUGACCGCAAACAAAACCGUGUUAGUUCCCACAGUGCCUGUUGGGAUCCCAGACUUCCUCUCCCCAGAGGUCUUGGCAGCCAGCAAUGGGGGCUUUCAGAGCACCUACGGGGUCGAGUGUGAUUGGUGGUCCCUCGGGGUCAUGGCGUAUGAGAUGAUCUACGCCAGGUCGCCUUUUUCUGGUGCUACCUCAGCCAAGACCAUUCACAACAUCCUUAACUUCCACCGGUUCCUUAAGCUUCCAGAAGAGCCGCGGGCCAGUAAGCCGUUUGUAGACCUGCUGCAGAACUUGCUCUGUGCAGCCAAAGAGCGACUGGAUUUCCAGGGACUCCGCUGUCACUCCUUCUUCUCCAGUGUGGACUGGAACCACUUGAGACAAGUUCUCCCGCCUUUCGUUCCUGCGUUGCACGCUGAAGAUGACACCUCUAAUUUUGAGGAGCCGGAGCAGGCAGCCCCCCGGCCAGCCCCAGCAGCCCAGCGAGGAGCUCUGCCAGCGGGCUUCCAGGGUCAGGAUCUUCCCUUUCUAGGAUGGUUCUUCAGCAGAGCGUUGACAACAUUGGCUAAAACUGAGUCAGUGUCUGCAGGCCUCAACUCUCCUGCCAAGACAAACUCAAUUGAAAAGAAGCUGCAUCUUAAAAUCAAAGAAUUACAAGAAACUCAAGACAAAUGUCACAAGAUGGAGCAGGAGAUCUCCAGGUUCCAGCGUAAAAUGACUGACCUGGAGUCAGUGCUCCACCAGAAGGAUGUGGAGCUGAAGGCAUCCGAGACUCAGAGAAAUGUUCUGGAGCAAGACCUCGCCACGUACAUCACAGAGUGCAGUAGCCUAAAGCGGAGCCUAGAGGAGGCCCGUGUGGAGGUCUCCAGAGAAGAUGACAAGGCCUUGCAGCUGCUGCAUGACAUCCGCGAACAGAGCAACAAGCUUCAGGAAAUUAAAGAGCAAGAGUACCAUGCUCAGCUGGAGGAGAUGCAGGUCACCAUCAGGCAGCUGGAGGAGGACCUGUCCGCUGCCCGGCGCCGCAGCGACCUCUACGAGUCCGAGCUCAGAGACUCCAGGGUAACGAGUGAGGAACUCAAGAAGAAAGCUGUGGAAUACCAGCAGAGGAUCCAGAAGGCUAAAGAGCAGGGUAAAGCUGAUGUGGAAGAACUUCUCUCCAAACUAGAGAAGACCAAUUCUGAGCAACAGGUGAAAAUCCAGGAGCUCCAGGACAAACUGUCCAAGGCGGUGAAAGCAAGCACAGAGGCCACUGAGCUGCUGCAGAAUGUCCGGCAGGCCAAAGAGCGGCUAGAACGAGACCUGGAGCGUUUGCGAGGCAAGACCGACUCCAGCGACACUUUAAAGCGCCGCCUGAGAGAGACCGAGGAGGGCAGGAAGACCCUGGAGAACCAGGUAAAGAGGCUGGAGAUGGUGGAGCGGCGGGAGAACAAGCUGAAAGAUGACAUUCAGACCAAAUCCCAGCAGAUCCAGCAGAUGGCCGAAAAGAUCCUGGAACUGGAGGAUAACCUCAGGGAUGCCCAGUCAACAGCCCAGCGGAUGGAAACCCAACUGGUUCAAAAGGAGAAGCUUUAUGAUGAUAAGAUCAAGGUUCUGGAGGCCCAAAUUAAGGAGGACCUGGCCGACAAAGAGAGCCUCGAGGCCCGCAGAGCCCAGCAGGAGGAGGAGUCGAGGGAAAAUUGCAAACUCAUCAGUGAACAGAAAGCAACCCUGAAUGCUAUGGAUUCCAAAAUGAAGAACCUGGAGCAGCGUAUCUCUGAGCUUUCAGAGGCUAAUAAGCUGGCCGCCAACAGCAGCAUCUACACACAGAAGAAUAUGAAAGCUCAGGAGGAGAUGAUCUCAGAGCUUCGGCAGCAAAAGUUCUAUUUGGAAUCGCAGGCUGGCAAGCUAGAGGCCCAAAACGCCAAACUGGAAGAGCACCUGGAGAAGAUGAGUCAGCAGGAGCAGACCAAGAGGACCCGUCUGCUGGAGCUAGAGAGCAGGCUGCGGGAGAUGGGCUUAGAACAUGAAGAAGAGAAGAUGGAGAUCAAGAGACAGGUGUCAGAGUUGACCCUCUCCCUGCAAGAGCGCGAAUCCCAGAUCAGCAGCCUGCAGGCGGCACGUCUGGCCCUCGAGAGUCAGCUGCAGCAAGCAAAGACUGAGCUGGAAGAGACCACCGCUGAGGCAGAGGAGGAGAUCACCGCCCUGAGGAAUCACAGAGAUGAAAUUCAGCGCAAGUUUGAUGCCUUGAGAGACAGCUGCUCGGUGAUUACGGACCUGGAGGAGCAGCUCACACAGCUGAGUCAGGAGAAUGCUGAGUUGAACCGCCAGAACUUCUAUCUGUCCAAACAGCUGGAUGAAGCGUCUGAUGAGAGGGAGGACCAGCUGCAGCUCAGCCAGGAAGUGGACCGGCUGAGGAGGGAGGUGGCUGACCGUGAGAUGCAUCUCAACAACCAGAAGCAGAACAUUGAGACCCUGAAGACCACAUGCAGCAUGCUGGAGGAGCAGGUGGUGGAGCUGGAGUCACUAAAUGACGAGUUGCUGGAGAAGGAGAGGCAGUGGGAGGCCUGGAGAGGCGCCCUGGAGGACGAAAAAAGCCAAGCCGAGAGACGCACCAGAGACCUGCAGAGACUGAUGGACAAUGAGAAGCAGAACAGGCUGCGUGCAGACCAGCGCAGCACUGAGUCUCGCCAGGCAGUGGAGCUGGCAGUCAAAGAGCACAAGGCUGAGAUAAUGGCCUUACAGCAGGCCUUGAAGGAGCAGCGACUGAAGGCUGAAAGUCUGUCCGACACGCUCAAUGAUCUUGAGAAGAAGCACGCCAUGCUGGAAAUGAACGCCCGCAGCUUACAGCAGAAACUGGAGACGGAGCGAGAACUGAAGCAGAGACUGAUGGAGGAGCAAGGAAAGCUGCAGCAGCAGAUGGACCUUCAGAAGAGCCACAUAUUCCGCCUCACCCAAGGCCUGCAGGACGCCCUGGACCAGACCGACAUGCUAAAGACUGAGCGGACCGACUUGGAGUACCAGCUGGAGAAUAUACAGGCCGUAUACUCCCAUGAGAAGGUGAAGAUGGAGGGGACGAUCUCCCAGCAGACCAAACUCAUUGACUUCCUCCAAGCCAAAAUGGACCAGCCCACUAAAAAAAAGAAGGGCAUAUUUGGACGUCGUCGGGAGGAUGUCGGAACCACGACUAACGGGGCUUUGGUGCCGCAGGCCCAGCCAGCGGUCCCCAUGCAGUACGGCGACAUGAAGCUGGCUUUUGAGAAAGAGCGAUCGAGAUGCGCUGAUCUGGAAGACGCUCUGCAGAAAAUGAGGAUCGAGCUACGAUCCCUCAGAGAAGAGGCAGCUCAUUUCAAAGCCCAGGAACAUGUGGCCCCUUCCACGCCGGCCCAGGCCCGACACCAAAUCCUCAUGUCAGCCAUUGUCAAAUCCCCAGAACAUCAACCAAACCCCAGCAGCCUGCUUAACCCCUCCACCCGCUGCAAGGAGACCUCCACACCUGAAGAAAAGAGGAGGGUCACCUUUGAAAAGUUCGGUCGUCGCGUGAAAGAGAGAAUGCAUCACAACAUCCCUCAUCGUUUCACCGUGGGCCUCAACAUGAGGGCUGCCAAGUGUGCCGUCUGCCUGGACACUGUGCAUUUUGGACGACAGGCUGCUACUUGUCUAGAGUGUCACACCCUGUGUCACCCAAAGUGCUCACCAUGUCUCCCGGCCACCUGCGGUCUGCCUGCUGAGUAUGCCACUCACUUUUCAGAAGCUCUGUGCCGAGAAAAGGCCAACUCUCCUGCGCUGCAGGUCAAAGAGGCCAGUGGGCACGUCCGCUUGGAGGGAUGGAUGAAGCAGCCACGAAAUGGAAAGCGUGGUCAGCAGGGCUGGGAGAGGAAGUACGUGGUGCUUGAUGGAACUAGAGUAUCCAUCUUUGAUACGGAGCCCAGGGAAGACUAUAUAAAGAUGGAGGAAGAGUUUGAGCUCUGUCUGCCCGACGGAGAGGUGACUGUUCACGGAGCUGUUGGAGCCUCCGAGCUGAUCAACACUGCCAAGUCAGACAUACCGUAUGUGCUGAAGCUGGAGUCACAUCCCCACACCACCUGCUGGCCUGGCCAGUCGAUCUAUUUCAUGGCUCCCAGCUUCCCCGACAAGCAGCGCUGGGUGGCUGUCCUGGAGUCUGUGGUGGCUGGCAGCCGCGGGUCUAGAGACAAAGUGGACUCUGAUGCUGCAGGUGUUUCUAAAAGACAGAAGAACCUUUCCCCUCUGGUUCAGAAACUUCUUGGUAAUUCUCUGCUGAAGCUGGAGGGUGAUGACCGUUUGGACAUCAACUGCACUCUCCCUCUCACUGACCAGAUCGUGUUGGUUGGUUCUGAGGAGGGUUUGUACGCUCUUAAUGUCAUAAAGAACUCUCUGACCCACAUCCCCGGUCUUACCUCCGUCUUCCAAAUCCAAAUCCUCAAGGAGCUUGAUAAGCUGCUGAUGAUCACAGGAGAGGAGAGGGCCUUGUGUCUGGUGGAGAUCAAGAAGGUGAAACAGUCUUUGUCGCAGUCCCAUCUCCCGGCUCAGCCCGACCUCAACCCCUUCAUCUUUGAGACAGUCAAGGGCUGCCACCUCUUCUCCUCUGGAAAGAUUGAUAAUGGGACCUGUAUCUGUGCUGCUAUGCCCAACAAGAUUACAAUUCUGCGACAUAAUGAAAGCCUGAACAAGUUCUGCAUCCGAAAGGAGAUUGAGACGUCAGAGCCCUGCAGCUGUAUCCACUUCACUGGCUACAGCAUCAUCAUCGGCACCAACAAGUUCUAUGAGAUCGAGAUGAAGCAGUACGUGCUGGAAGAGUUUCUGGAUAAGAACGACGUGACGCUAGCUUCGGCUGUCUUUGCCGCGUCCUCGCACAGCUUCCCCAUCUCCAUCAUCCAGGUCACCACGGCGCCACAGAAAGACGAAUACCUGCUCUGUUUCCACGAGUUUGGUGUGUUUGUGGACGCCUACGGCCGCAGAAGCAGAAGUGAAGAUAUCAAAUGGAGUCGCCUGCCCCUCUCGUUUGCCUAUAGGGAGCCCUACCUGUUUGUGACCUACUUCAAUUCUCUGGAUGUUAUUGAAAUCCAGGGACACGCUGCCCUGGGGCCCCACUCGUAUGCACACCUGGAUAUCCCGAGUCCCCGCUACCUUGGCCCAGCCAUCUCCUCCGGGGCCAUCUACCUGGCCUCCUCCUACCAGAACAAACUGCGGGUCAUUUGCUGCAAGGGCAACCUGAUCCAGAGCCAAGAGGGUGCAGGGGACCUGCAGCGAAACGGCUCCGGACGCAGCCCCAACAAGCGCGGGCCUCCUUCAUACAAUGAGCACAUCUCUAAAAGACUGGCAGCCAAUCCCCACGUUCACUCUGAUCCCGGCACGCCGCACCGCUACAGAGAGGCGCGCACCGAGUUCCGGCGGGACAAGUCCCCCAGCCGCCCCCUGGAGAGAGAGAAGUCUCCUGGCAGGAUGCUGGAGAGCCGCAUGGCGGGGUCUCCAGGAAGGGCCAUGGCGGACCCUCGGCUAGAGCGCUCCCCUGGCAGGGCCAUGGCGGACCCUCGGAUGGACCGCUCCCCCGGCCGGGUGAUGGACGUUCGCAGGGAGAGGUCCCCCGGGCGCUUCGAGGAGCGCCAAAGGCUUCACACGGGUUCCGGCCGCACGCCGAUAAACCCGGUCAACAAGGUAUGGGACCAGUCAUCUGUUUGAGGGACAGCGGAGCCGCUCCCCCAGCGCGGACCGGGAAGUGCGUCAGUGGCCCGGAAACUAGUAGAGUCACCAAUCCAUGACCAGCCGCUGCCACCCAGCUGAGGAACCCACAGAGGAAAACAAGUGUAGCCACCAGAAGAGAGCCAGAACCAGACAAAUAAAUAAGACGUCAGGGGCUUUUUCUCUGUGAAGCGACCCGAGUGGAUGAAUGUCAACUAAAGGCCAUUAUUAACUACUUUUUGAGCGGUUUCUCCUGCGAUGUAUUUAAAUAUGCAUUCUGCUCUCCGAGAGGAAAUGAGUCAUUACAAUUAGAUUUCAUCUUCAAAAAUGAAACCCGAGUGACCACGAUGCGUAAGCACAGCCGUAGAAACUUUAACUCACAGGUCAAUGCCUGAAUAUUUCCAAAGUCCACCGUUAGUGAAAACGACAGAAUUUCCCUCGAAAUAGCAUUAAAAGGUCAGGCUCAAUCCGGGAGCCACAGACCAGCGCAGAACGCCGCCGCCGUUCGUCUGAUGACGUUUGUGGCUCCCGCGCAGACGUGUCCACACACAAUCAUUGUCCGCCACCCACGACCGCACAGCACAAAGAUAUUUCCUCGCCACUAAAGUAGCUGAAUCCUCCCUGACCUCGGAUAAGUCAACACUAAAACUGGACUACCCACAAUCCCCAGCAGGACUUUCUAAACCUUCAGAACGCUAUCUGACUGUAAAUAGACGAGACAUAAUUUUAUACAUAUUGAGAAGGAAUUUCCAGGCUGGAUAGGCCAUGUCUAUUUUUGUUAAAAACAAAAAAAGUGAUUAUGUGUCCUCUUGAAUGUUCUUUUAACAUGUCCACGCGUCCUCUAUCAAGUGAGUGAUUGUAUCUGGAUCCAGCCCGUGUAUUUGCACAGUGCUAUUUACUCAGAGCUGAACAAUGUGACAGGAGGGGAACAUGGGAUCAUGUUUGAAGCUUACAACGUAGUACUUGAGCAUUUGUUUUUUUACGAUGUCCCUUAUAUUGUAUAUAACCCCAAAAUGUUCAAAGUGAAAAUUCAAAUAUUUGUUCUUUUUUCCUGGUUUGUAAAUGGCAUGGAUACGUAUAUCUCAAAUGAAACAGUGUUGUCUUCUGCUUCUGCCACAUUUAGGUUAUGAUUUUAUUCCACAAUUAACAAAGCACAUGAAAGAAACCUUUCAUUUCUCUAAAUAUUUUGCACAGUCAAUUCAUAAAAGUAUAAUUUCGUGAUUAUCUUCUUUCUUUCUUGGACACCGGUCCAACUUUAAGAGACACUUAAAUACAUCCAAAUGUAUUUAGGCUUCCAUGGUCAAGCUGCUUACCCUCAACAAAAAAAUGAAUUUCUGUAAAUCAUAAUUUGAGCUGUAGGAAUUGAAUAUUAUUUUGGUUGUCAGUAUAUAUAUAUUUUUGAAUAUAUACAGAUGAGCUGCCUCACUUGAACUUGCCCAGUGUGUCUGUUGACAUUCCCUUAACUCUGCAUCCACUCUUGUUCUUUUUAGAUGUCAAAAACAUCCUGAAUGUAUUAAAGCUGACUCGUUUGUCCCAAAUUCAACAACAAGCCCCCAAUGCUACAGAUUGCACAAGUUUUCCACUGGCCUCUACAGAACUCCAGACUGAACGGGUUCCCAUCCUGUUUUUGUUUUAAUAUUAUUUUAGUAUUUCUGUUCACAUGAUCCUGAAUCAUAAUGCUGUAACGCUGGAUAUGAUAUCGAUGUCUGCUAACAAAUGUUUUAUUAGCGUUCCCAGUAGAGAUUUUGUCACAGAAUAUUAAAUAUUAUAACCAUUGUCUUUCA